UUUUGGCUUGUCGGGCUGGUACGUCAGUAUCAAAAAUGGCAGCCUCCUUGGAAAGUAUCCCGAAAGAUCUGCGGAAUCUUAGAGCCUGUCUUUUGUGUUCAAUGAUCAAGACGUUCGAACAGUUUGAAUUCGACGGAUGUGACAACUGCGAUGAAUACCUUCACAUGAAGAACAACAGGGACAUGGUGUAUGACUGCACGAGCUCAAACUUCGACGGCAUGAUUGCUCUGAUGAACCCUGAGGACAGCUGGGUGGCCAAGUGGCAAAGAAUCAGCCGUAAGGCUAAGGGCAUCUACGCCAUCUCGGUGUCGGGCCGACUUCCGAUGGCGACAGUGCGUGAGUUGAAGAGCAGGGGCAUCACCUACAAGUCUCGUGACACCAGCACGGUCUGAUUGCCCUGACGGAGGGAACAACCAAGACAGGCCAGCUGCGGCGUCUCCUCCGCGCGUCGUCUCUGCGCCCUCAGCCGCGGGUUUUACUGUAAAUAAAAGUGUGCAUAUAAA